UCUGUUUCCAGAUGUCGACAGUGGGACGGUGCAAUAAUCAGGCAGAAUUCAAUAUUCCAGAUGUUCCAUGUUUGUUGGGUGCCUCUGAAGCCGGCCCAGAUGUUGUGCAGUUGCUGAAGGGCCACAUAUUGUUUCAGGAUCUGGGUGGCAUAAACCUGCACUCGAUUCCGCCUACGAUCCUGCGUUUGCAAUACCUGGAAGAGUUGCACCUGGAGGGCAAUCAGAUCGAGGAGAUUCCACCUGAGAUUGGUUUGCUGCAGAGACUCCGGGUUUUGUACCUGAACAACAACAAACUGGGUUGCAUUUGUGAUCAGCUCGAGAACUGCCAAAAACUCCAGAGUUUGGACCUGAGUGACAAUCCACUGGAUUGUGGAAUCCCCACAAACACCCUGUGCCAUCUGCAUGCAUUGCAGGAACUACGCCUGGCCAAUCUGAACUUAGUGCAGCUUCCAGCCCAGAUCUGUAAGAAGCUGCAUCAUCUUCGACUGCUGGGGUUAUCAGGCAAUCGUCUGACAUCCUUACCCUGGGAAAUCAGGAACCUGACCAAACUGCAACAACUCCACCUGGACAACAACCAUCUGUGCAGCUUGCCACGGGGAUUUUGCCUCCUGCCAAAGCUGGAAGUUUUGAAUUUGAGGCAGAAUUUAUUGCAUUCGCUUCCCGAUGAUAUCAAUUCUCUAAAAAACUUAAAGCAUUUAUACUUAAGUGAUAACCAGUUGAGCGACCUUCCCGAUUCCCUGGGAAAAUGUCUAAACAUCUGUGCAUUAGAUGUUAGCGGAAAUAGGUUGCAUCGCAAUCUCACUGCAUUCCCCGCCAAUUUGGUUGAACUAGCUCUCUCUCAUAAUCAACUCUAUGCUUUUCCAACAGCUGUGUGCCAGUUGGCAGACAGCUUACAACUCCUCUAUCUAAAAAACACACAGUUAAAGAAACUAAGCUGUUGCUUCUCCAAUUUAACAAAUCUUCACCUCUUGGACCUCAGUGAAAAUCCUCUUAGGUACUUUCCAAUGCAAAUCUGUGACCUGGUCCAGUUGGAGAUGCUGUCACUGGAUGACAGUAAACUAAAAGAGGUGGCUCCAAAAAUAAAGGACCUGACUAAGCUGAAGAUUCUUGGUCUGACUGGAAACAGGUUCCGAGCCUUUCCUCAAGAGAUUUGCUUCAUUAAUUCUCUGGAGAAAUUAUACUUGGGACAAGAUCAUGGGAUGAAAUUGAUCCAUAUUCCCCAGGAGAUCUCUCAACUUGUGAACCUGAAGGAAUUGCAUAUCGAAAACAAUCAGAUUGAGCACUUGCCAUCAACUAUUGGGACUCUACAGAACCUGACCGUGCUGGACUGUCAUGAAAACCGUCUGCUCGAGAUCCCCGACUCAAUAUCAGAUAUACACGGAUUACAGAAACUUCUACUGAACUGUAAUCGAAUAUCAUUUAUCCCAGCAAACUUGGAUCAAUUGCAAAAACUGGAAAUUCUAUCCUUGGACAGAAAUCCAUUGGAGAAGCCAUUAGACGAAAUUGGCCUUCAGGGAGUUUCUGCUGUAUUCCAAUACUUACAGAUGAAGAGGACCCAACAUCUCAAUGCAACCAAGAUGCAGGCCUGGUGGCGUGGCUUAAUGGUGCGGAAGGAGCUGGGACCUUUUCAAAAUUUGUUUCCCAAGAAAGACAAGAAAGGGAAAAAGGACAAGAAGAAGAAUGCAAACAAAGGAAAGAAAAAGUAAUAAACAUUAGAAUCUGAAAUCAAAUCACUUAAAAUGGAUAUUUUUAAGAUGGAUGAUAUAUCUUGAUGAGUCAGGGGUUGUGGGGAAAGAAGGUAGGAGAAUGGGGUUGAGAGGGAAAGAUAGAUCAGCUAUGAUUGAAUUGCGGAGUAAACCUGAUAGGCCGAAUGGCCUAUUUUUGCUCUUAUAACUUAUGAACAUUAUAUUGAGGCCUCUAAUUUAUGCACGAGAAAAAACUGUUGAUGUUAAGUUGACAAAUCUGUAUUUGCUGGUUAUUUCCUGCUACUUUGUGAUCAAGCGGACUUGAUAUCUCCAACACAAAUGGUCAUUUUGGCAAAGCAAGAAAUUACACACAAGACUUGGAAUAUUUGUCCAAGUGAACCACGUUUCAAUAAGAGAUUCAAGAGAUGAACAGUUAGGGCAUUGUGGUGCUGCUCUACUUUCCUAUAAUUGCCAAACCAAUCAUGUCAAUAAACAUUUUCAUAAGUUCUGGUAU